GUUGCGAGUCGUCGCCAGCGGUGCAUGCCUCGCGCGCUCCACUCGACGACUUGUAUUGCAGAUGCGAGCUCGUUGCCGCUGAAAGGAUGCCGGCCGAGGAGGAACCCGCGGCGAUGGACGGCAGGGAGGCCGCCGACGGCUCGCCCCAGCAGUUCUGUCUCAGGUGGAACAACUACCAGACCAAUCUGGCCAACUGCUUCGAUCAGCUGCUACAGACCGAGUCCUUCGUGGACGUCACGUUGGCCUGCGAGGGUCAGAGCCUGAAGGCGCACAAGGUGGUGCUCUCCGCCUGCAGCCCCUACUUCCAGACUCUGUUCAUGGACAACCCUUGCCGCCACCCGAUAAUAAUAAUGCGCGACAUUAAAUAUUGCGACUUGAAGGCCGUCGUGGACUUUAUGUACCGCGGUGAGAUCAACGUGUCCCAGGAUCAGAUAACGGCACUGCUUAAGGUGGCGGAGAUGUUGAAGAUCCGGGGGCUGACAGACGUGAGCGGUGAGCACGCCGUGCUGAGGGCGGGCGGUGGAGGAAUGGAGGCGCGAGCCGCCAAGAGGCCGGGAAGCCGCGAGGCCGGCUCGCCAGGCGGCGCGGUGGCGGGCAAGACGCGCCGAGCGUCCGGAGACCGGAGCCCGGGGCCUAGCCCGCGCGAGUCCCCCGCCACGACCUCUGACCUGCACGUGCCGCCGGACGCGCCGCCAGCUCUGCACGACGACGUCGACAUCCGCCCAGGCAUCGCCGAGAUGAUCCGCGAGGAGGAACGGGCAAAGCUGCUUGAGAAUUCUCACGCUUGGCUCGGCGCCUCCACAUCUUCGAUCGCAGCAGAUAGCUACCAGUAUCAGCUGCAGUCGAUGUGGCAGAAAUGCUGGAACACGAACCAGAGCCUCGUUCAUAACCUACGGUUCCGAGAGCGCGGACCCCUAAAGUCUUGGCGGCCGGAGACCAUGGCAGAGGCGAUCUUUUCCGUGCUGAAGGAAGGCCUGUCACUAUCCCAGGCUGCCAGAAAGUACGACAUCCCAUACCCGACUUUCGUGCUGUACGCCAACCGCGUCCAUAACAUGCUGGGCCCCAGCGCUGACGGCGGUGCAGAUUUGAGACCAAAAGGUCGCGGUCGACCGCAGCGCAUUCUGUUGGGCGUGUGGCCCGAUGAGCACAUCCGCGGCGUCAUUCGCGCCGUCGUCUUCAGGGACUCACAUACCCCACACUCGGCGCAUCACAUCAAGGAGGAGGUUCUUCCCGUCUAUCCGUCUAUCACGGAUGGCAUGAGCGUUCAAAACGCCUAUCCCGUGGCGUGUGGAAACGGAAGAGAGGGUGGCGUCUCACCCAACGCAGCCGCCGCGGCAGCCGUGGCCGCCGUAGCGCAUGGCCUGCGCCGCCAGAUGUGCAAUAUGGUGGUAGCAGCUCAGCGACCACCCGACCAUCCGCCGCAUCUCGGCCUACCACCGCUGCCGCUACAAUCCCCGCGCCUACCGUCUCCGCUCUCCGCUGGACUAGAAUCUCCGCUCUGCUCCCCGCCACCACCGGGUCUAGCUCUGGAACCUCCGAAGCCCGCCGAUCCAUUCCGCCCGUUCGCAUCCCCGCGCCCUGAUAGCCGUUACAGCGAGCGCGACGUCGUCUCUGAAAUUACCGAGAUGGGACCGCCCAAGACGCCGGUGUCAGUUGCCAAGAACGGAAAGGAUAUGUCGACGCCUCUGCCCGUGAAGAUGGAGCCCCCUCCUGCGGAGGCCCGUGCUGAGAACAUCUGAAGCGAGGCCGCGGGCGCGGCGCCGACCCACACGCCGGUCGGCAUACCCCAGCCGCUGCCCGCUUACCCCUACUUUGUUCCCAACCGCAACUCCGUGGGCUACUUUUAAGGUCCCGGAGGUGUGCGUCGGUGUGGGGCGACCGCGGGACGAGUCCGGAACGACCACGACUAAUUCCACGUGCGUCGACCUGCUCUCGGUCCGUCGAGUCACGAGUAUUUGAUCAUAUUAUGAUUAUAUCGGCAUUACUUUAUCAUAUUUAAUUAAUUAUUUAAACUGGACUCGCUGUGCAAUAUAUUGCUUGUUGUUUUAGUUACGAAUUUUUGUAUUACUAUAAAAGAAUAUUUUAGUUUAUUGAUAUAUUAUUUUUUUUGUAUACUUUUGUCUUCGUGUAUGUGUUUUAUUUACAUACAUUCAUAAGUAUAUAUAUAUUUUUGUUUAAAUAGUGUAAGUUUUAGCACGAAGCAGCAGGUUAACGCCUCCGCCGCUUGUGCUCGUAAGUAGAAAACUAUAUUACUAUAUUUAAGCUUACAACAACUUAGAUCCAUUUGUGAAAGUAGAGAUAUCAAAAUUUAAAACAUUCGGCCAGAUUCAAAAGACUGUUUGGUAUACCUAUUCAUUAUAAAUCAACAACCUAAAUUCAUAUGCGUAAGAGAAAUCAUAAAUUAGCUUAGUGGUAAACUUAAAUUAAAGUGGUAGUUGUAUGUACGUUUCAUUUUAUCUAUGAGGUCAGUGUGAAGCUGUUUAUGGCGUACGACGAUGGUGGGGCGCUUGUGGCUUCGCAAAGUCCACAUCAUUUCUCACUUCACAUACGAGUAGACUUAGUGAUCGCCAAAUGUAACAUAGACGUAUCUUUAGCCAGUAGUGAUUGUUCCAAAUGUUAGGCUAAAUUAGUUGUUCAGGAACGAGCGACCUUCCGCAUUGACUUCAAAUCGCCCCAGCUUUUUGUGUCUACGAUGUCUCGUGUGUGUCUAUCGAUCGAGUUAUAUGUAGCUGUUAGUUUACAAAUAAGAUUACAACACUAGCCUAAUAAUAUUGACUUGUAUUUCUAAUUAAAUAUAUAUAUAUAUAUAUAUAUUACUCUUGAAUAAAAUGUUAUCUUCGUAUAAUUGAUUCUCGAUGUUUGCUUACCGAACGGCAAUUUUCAUUCAGCUCCUCUAGAAAUUAAGUCUACAAGUCAAUACACUGGUGUUGUUACGGGAUUUGAUUCGCGGGUGAAACAGUAUUUGUAUUGAUAAUAGCGACGGAUCCAUAGUUUAAUGUAAGGGACGUCGGUCAACCCAUUUUAGGUUUAGACGCACCGAGUACGGAAAUUGUCGAAUAUUUAUCAUACGAUCUGCUGACCUAUCGCGUAGCUAGAGUAUACCUUUCAAUUAUCUUAGAUUAGAUGUUUAACUUAAAGUAGUAUUCGUAAUCUUGCUGACGACACUCGCACCAGCUCAUCCGCAGUAUCUAAUGCGGAUUUUUUUUUUGUUUUGUUUUUGUUUUUUUUUUUUUUAUUCAAAAACCAACUCCAAGUAACGUGUUGUCAGCGCGAUUACAAUGAUUUAAGGUGAAUGUGUACAAAUAUGAUUUAACACCUUUCGGAUGCAAAGUUAUUUUGUUUAAAUCUUUCGGCGGGAAAAAUUUCGUAGUGUACUAAUCUUCUUGCCGCAAGGGUAUACCAUGAUUUAGAUAUUGUUGGCGCUCACAUAUAUCAAACGAGGAAAGGCGUAGCUCGGCUGCGAGCGUUCGUGCCCAGAACUGGUACGAGAAGCACGUUAAUAAUAAGUCUUCAAGUGGCCUUGAUAUCUCACUGUUGUUUGGAAAUGUGAUUAUCCGGUUCGGUUGAAGUUUGGCAAUUAGAGUGUAAAAAGAGACCAAAUUAUUAAAAAUACAUUUGCGAUUCAGAUCUAGUGUUGAAACUUUUGGCUAUCCUUUUGGAAAUAAAGUUAACUAUAGGUAAAAUUUAAAUGAAAUAAAAAUUAUAUAAAUGGCCUAUACGUUUCGAAUGAAUUGCGUAAAUUUGGUAAAUGUUACUACGCAUAUUUUCUAUUGUGUAAGUUUAGGCUAAUGUGUUCAAAAAAUAAAAUUAAAAAAUUUUUGAAAAAAUGUAGAAAGUGCCUUCCAAAUUUUUGACCAUUGUAAGUGUUGGAACGGGUGCGGCGAUGAUCGGCUAGAAGCGGCCCGUGGCGGCGAGGCGCGGCGGCGCCAGUGACGUCACACACGCCCCGCCAGCGCCUCGCUUACAUCCGACCGCACUGAACGUGCGUAACUAUAAAUGUUAGAAUAAUAAAAAUUCAAAAUUAUUAUAUAAAAAUUAAAUACAUAUGACUAUUAUAUAGUAAAAAAUAUACAUAAAUUAUAUAUUUGGCCGAUGUGGUAUUACCCUGCCAGGCAAGCGUUAGCUGGACUAUUCGGCGUCAAAAUUGAUUAUUAUAUAUUUUUCUUUAUAAAUAACAAAAUCAGAAAACAAUGCAUACAUGCAAUGUGCCAUUUGUUUGAACUGAUAACGUUCGUUUUGUAUAACAUUUGGUUUUUUUUUUUAAUUUUUUUUUUUUAUUUCGUAGUUAUAAAAUAAACAUAAAUUAAUUUAUUGUGCUGGAAUGAAAGUAUACAUUGCGAUUACAUAAAUUAUAAGUAACUACUAACUAUAUUAUUUUGGUGAUAGUUAAGGAAAGUACUUGUAUGUAGUGUUAUCGUACCAAUACCCCUUCGAGGCGGCUUUAGUUGGUACCUUAUUAAUUUAUCACACUUAGCUAUUUAAAUCAUUACUGGCAACACUCUCGUGUGCUAUAUCGCAUGACAAAACCUUAAGAUCCAAUUCUUUUUUGUGAUAAAAAUGCCUAUAAUUAUUAUAUUUUAUUGUAAAGAACAAGAAUGUUUUUUUUUUGUAUAAUUAUUACACUGCAAUUAUUUAUUAAUAUUUAGUUACGAAAAUCUUCUGACGUUUCGUUCUCGUGUAUUCAACUUUCUUUACCUGCUGUGUAACCAAAAAAAAAAAUAUAACUUUUAUUGAAUUGAAGUAUUGUGACAUACUGUGACUGUUUAGUUAUUAAGUAGUGACUUCCCCUUUGGGUAUCGAUUGAAUUAUAUAGAACAUGUAAGAAAUAUCAUUCGCUUUAUCGAUAUAACAGACUCUGUGUAGCAAUUUCAUUUUACCAACUACCCUACGAUAUUUUUAUUACGCCUGUGUUAUGUUUUCAAUUAUUUAACAAUUUACGGACCCUUACAUACCAAUGGAGAUGUUGUUUGUUUAUAAUCCAACACUUAAAAACCGUGUUGUAGAUUUUAAAUAUACUUUAAUUCGCGCCAUCUUAAACAAACAUGGGUGCAAUAAAAAUAUCGUAGUAUAUAUAUAUUUUUUUUGUAACGAUUAAUUAAUUAAUUAUUUUAUGUUAAAUCAUGUUAAAACGGUUAUGUUAAAUGCAAUUAUUGUUGUUAAGAUAAUUCUUUUUUAACUGCCUGUGUUCCUAAAAUAUUCACUGCUAUCCGUGUCUCAUGUGAUUGGAGCUGAUGGCGUGUGCUCGCGUGUUUGCUGGCAGCUUCAAAAAGUCGAACAUUAGUCCGUCAACGGAUUCGUUGUUAAAGAAUUUAUAACUGUCAAAGCAAACGUCAUUGGGUGUGACGUAUUUAUAUCAAUAUCCCUUCAUACUCGUCCAUGGCUCGUGAUCGAUCGUUGAACAUAGAUUAAAAGAGUUCGCAAUUAAAAUUAAGCUAUUGUUGACUUGAGGCCAGUAGAACUCUUUUAUAUCAUUCGCGGCGAACACGGAGCGCCGCGAUCAGCGUUUUAUUCGUAAUUUUAUCAAGUACAAAUAUUUAAAAAGGAAAAAUAAAAAAAAAGGAUAAUUGGUGUAUUUCUUUAAUAUCGAUGUUUAACACAUGUAGCGACGUAUCCAAGUUUCAAACCCAAAAUAAUUAAGUGACCGUUCAGAUAAAUUAUUAUGUAGUACGUGUAUCGACAUACAUUUUAAGUUCGUUAUUGUCACAGUGUACCGUUGUCUGAAUGAAUAUAUAAAAAUAGAGUAAAA